AUGUCUCUAUCAUCCUUACCUAUUGAAAUACUCGGCGAUAUCAUUGAUCGCAUAGUCAAUAGUCCCGUCGGUAUCUGUGGCUCAGCACCUCUGCGUCGCGUCAAUCGGACAUUUGAUCUGGAGAUCCGCCGCUCUUACGCGCGCACUUCUCAAUUCGCAUUCGAUAGGCGGUUCGCGGUAGCUCCUCUGAGUCUCACUAAAUGCGCGUUCUUCGCCAAAUACCUGCUGCUCCGACCUAAGGGGAAGGAGAAGGGUAAGGCAGAGGAUAAGGACAUCUCGUAUCACCUAAACGACCUAGUCGACCAGCUACUCAGCCAUGAGGAAAAUGUGAAAGAAAUCCUCGUCGAGAGUGAACAUGAGGACGCAAAACGCUACCAGAUGCUGUCUAUCCUCUGCGCGAAGAUGAGCCCGGUGCAACUGUCGCUCUACCCAUCGCCCAUCAAGCUGCCCAACGGCAAAACCACCACGAUAGACCUGCUGAUCGCAGCCAUCUACACCGGCCAUCUGUCUCUCGUCGACCACAUUCUCAGCACCGACCAGAUCAACCUCCAGUCCGACACCAGCACUCUUUUCGACACUGCCCUCCUCGCGGCCGUCGACACGCAAAAUCCCAACACCGUGCGCACCCUCCUCGCACACAACGCCCCGUUCAAGCCCCCAAACUUGCGUCCAAGCCGGCCGUUUCGCAGAAAUCCUCUCCUCAAGGCUGUUGAAAACAACGACCUCGCCAUCCUCACCAUGCUGCUCGAGUCAUCCAAUCUCUGCAAAUCAGACCUCACCUACCAGCACGCCCUCGUCUCCUCCAUCACCCCCUCCCCAGACUCCCAUCACAUCACCUCCCUCCUCCUCUCUCAAUAUGAAACCUCCCUCCCGGAAUCCCCAUACAUCCUCUCCGAAGGCCUCCGCGCCGCCUGCCGCGCAGGCCACACAGAACUGAUCACGCACCUCCUCGCCUCCGGCGCCGACGUCAACUGCACCCUGAACUACCGCGAGACGCACUCAAUGGCCGCCCCGAUCGCCCAAGCUGCAUGGACCGGACAGGUCCCCACCAUCCACCUCCUGCUCUCCCACGGCGCAUCGCUCCGCCCGAGCCCAGACGGCAACACCGGCCUACGAACCCAACAUCCCGGCGCCGAUGCCCUCCGUGCCGCGACGUGGGGGAACCAUUGGCCUGCGGCGCGUGCGCUCCUAGACGCUGGUGUCGCGAAGCACCUGUCCAAGACGGACUGGUGCUCUGUGUUUAAGAUCGCAGCGCUCCAUGCGGAGUGUGUGGAUGUUGCAGCACACUUACUGGACUGUGGAGUUGUCACGUUGACCGAGUUAGCGGAUGAUGAGGUCGAGGCGGAAGAUGCGGUGGCGGAGUUAGUGGCGAUUGUAUGUCAGAGGGGGAAUGUGGGGUUUAUGGAAGCGCUGGUGAGGCAUGGGUUGCCGGUGACCGGGCAUGCGAUGUAUGCGAGGGCGGAAUAUCCAGUUCCGGUUGUUCAGGCGUUGGCGUGGGGGCAGCUGGGCGUGGUUAGGUUGUUGGAGGAGGUGAUGGGACAGAAGGUGGAUGGGGAGAUGAGGCAGUUGGCUGAUACAACUAGGGAGAAGGAGAUGUCGAGGGGUUGGAGUCGGAUUGCGGCGCCGGCGUGUGGGAUGCCGGCGUAUACGAUUUUGAGGUAA